CUUGUCAUAAAUAAGUGUCAGGGCACAUGAAUGAGCUAUUUUACGCAUUGGUCAUGCUCUCGAACGCGGCCACGUAAGAUAGUGGUAGAAUCGUGUGUUGUUGCGCCCUAAUUGCCAAAUUAGGCGUGCUACGUGGCGCAUUCUAAUUCAAUCGCAAGAGAAAAUAAGAGCUGACUCAAUACAUAUUGCAGGCACAGUCCAAAAUGUUAAGCCUUGGCCUUCGUUGCGCCCUUAUUUCCGGCCUUUUACUGUACGGCUGUUGCUCCUUGGCUUUGGCCAGCACUGACCCAGAUGAUGCCGCCUAUUAUUUGUAUACGAAUGCAAGUCCUAGCGUUCCGAAACGCAUUUACACCAAUGACUUGAAAUCCCUACAAACGUCUCUCUUCAAUGUCGCCCUGCCAACCAAAAUUAUUAUACAUGGCUGGACGACAUCCUACAAUGAAAUACCAAACCCACAGCUCCGUGCCGCCUAUCAGUCUCGUGGGCCCCACAAUAUAAUAUCGAUGGACUGGUCAGAGAUCGCGGAUAUGAACUACGUCAUGGCUAGGCCAUAUGUGUUCGGUUUGGGCGCCAGCUGUGCCCGCUUUGUGCGCUUCCUGAUCAAAAGCGCUGGUCUCGAUCCCAAGCGCCUAGUGGUUAUUGGACAUAGCAUGGGCGCCCACAUAGCCGGCCAUUGUGGAAAGGAGCUGCAACUUCUGAGCGAUAACAAACAGCGCUUAGGCGCCAUCGUUGCUCUGGACGCUGCCCUCCCACUCUUCACCUAUGCGAACAAAGAGAGUCGGGUAGCCGACACCGAUGCUGACUUUGUGGUUAGCCUGCACACAAAUGCGAUGUUCAAAGGUCAGAUUGGGCCGGUGGGUCAUGCUGAUUUCUAUGCCAAUGGAGGCGCAAACCAGCCCGGUUGUGGCGUGGACCCCACGGGUAGUUGUUCUCACGGCCGUUGCGUCGAUUUGUAUGCCGAGGCGGUUCAGGGCGUGUCCACGUUCGAACCAUACUAUACAUGUGCCGAUUAUUUUGAUCUUAUACUGUCCCUCGGCAAGUGCAAAGCACUCAACGGUUUGGUCAGGUUGGGCGAUCCGCUUGAUGUGCCGCAAGUCAAAGGAAUCUUUACAUUCGAGACAAAAGAUGACAGCCCCUACGGGCCCGUUUAAAGUUUUAACCUGUUCCUAAUUUAAUGCUUCCGAAAAUAUUGCAUACAUCUAUUUUAUUUUUCAGAAUCAUAACUAUGUUAUAACUAUUAAAAGAAGUUUGCCAAAAAAUAUUUGAAAACGGAAUUUGCGAAAAUUGUGAAAUGGAAAAAAUGUGAUUCAGAUUAAUUUUAUUUAACGGAAUCAAGUAAAACAUCAAAUU